AUGUAUCAUCGAUCCAAAAAGGAACAGCGACUACAAAAGCUGAAAGCUUCCAUCGGCCCGUUGCCGACCCAACGAUCCAACCGAUCAAUCCUCCCGUCAACACCGGGAUCCACCACAUUCCCUAUAGACGCGGAGGCGAGGGUCGAAGAAAACGAGGCAUGCUCCUUCGACCGGGCGUUGCGGCCCGCUGGCAUUGACCCCUUUGCUUCGCUCUGUAUGCCUGCCAAGUCCAGUGUGGAUUUCUACUUUGACCACUGUAAGAUCGAGUCUACCUCGUCCGGUCGCAUCAACGCCAGUUACCUCUCUGAUCAUGCUUCCAGACCGGACCGAAUGUUCUUGAAUCGACCCGUACUGGCCUUCCACUGUCGCUUGGAAGCCGCGCUUCUCCCUAUUCGACGCUUGGCGGUCGAUCUAUCUUUCUGGAUGCUCUUCACCGGUGGAAUUGCAGCAAUGCGUCAUCCCAGUCGCGCGUGGUUCGUGGACCGUCUGGCCGAGGUGGCCGGUCAAUUGUCUCUCGCAACCUGGGAUGAGGCGCAGGCCUUGUUGGAACAGUUUCUCUUCUUCUCUCGGCCUACUGAUACCCGAGCUGAAAUUCUCUGGAAGGAAAUAAAAAGGCAACAGGGUGUGAUGCAGAAAUCAUAG